UAUCAGACGUUCUAGCUAACUGGCAAUAACAAUAUAUAAAACACAGAAGUUGGUUUGUGUGUCUGCACUCUUUGAAGUACAGAGGACAGCAGCACAUGAGAAACUGUAUAAACUGAGCACGAAAGCAUUGCUGCAGAGCUGUCAUCAUUUAACUGACAUGGAAUAUUUUCUUUUCCUUGCUACUCUCUCGGGUUGCUGCAGUCUGGUGGUACAGUCAGCAAUAAAUAAGCCUGUAUCCGGCAGUGUAGGAAGAUCGGUCAGCAUCCAGUGCCGCUAUCAUCUAUACUAUAGGGACUAUGUGAAAUAUUUGUGUAAAGGAAGUAAUUGGUUAACCUGUAAAUCAAUAAAAAGCACUGCUGAUCCCAAAAGAGAAGGAGAUAAAGUGUCUCUCAGUGAUGAUCGAACCAAGGGAGUAUUCACUGUGAUUGUGAGGAGACUGGAGAAGAAGGAUAAAGGCUGGUACUGGUGUGCUAUAGAAAAAGCAUUUUGUGAUUUAAAAAUAGAUUUCUACCUCACAGUUUCUGAAGAUACCACUUUGAAUCAUGAAGUUACCACAUCACCUCUCAAUGGUACAACAACACAGCAUGUGACAAGCAAUCACCGCUCACAUGUUAUACCCCUGGUGACAGGUGGGCUUCUUGUCUUUUUGGGAUCUGUAUUGGUUUCCAUAAGGAAGAUAAAGGCCAGAGUUGAUGCAAACAGCGGGAUUCUUCAGAAUGGAAGUAGUUACCCCAUGAUGAACUGUCUUGCUCCAUCUGGAGGAGAUCUCCAGGAAGGUGUAUACAUGGACAUGUCAUUUCAGAACAAAGAAAAUAAGAAGAGCAUCCCGCUGCAACAAGGCAAUUCUCUCUGCGAUUUACAAGACGACGAUGGUGUAUACACAGCAAUGUCAUUUCAAAAGAAGGAACCAUCCAAAGGAAAGACCAGUGUUGUCCAUUUGUGAUCAAUGAAUACAGUGUCUAACUAUUACUGGAUGUGCAGCAUUUCUGGUUUACUGUGAAGGGAUGAUUUUG